CUUAGUGAAUUUUAUAUGCCUAAUCUAACAGGCCUCAAUGUUAUGAGAAAUAAUCUGUGUUCAGUAAAUGGAAGUGCCUUCAAUAAUUUACCUAACUUAUCAGAUGUUACCUUUGAUGAAAACCCUUUAAAUUUAUCAGUACUUCUUCAAAUGGAAAUCCCCAACUUGACUGAACUUCACUGGUCAAGCAUGAGACCUGCACUUGACUCUGACCUUUCUAUUGCUUGUCGGGUUUUUCAGUCUUUUCCCAAGUUAAGGAUGUUGGAUAUCAAGCAUUCAAAGAUCUCUGUUUCAAAACUGCACAUCAUCGGUGGGUGCACUAACCUAACGUCACUUAUUCUUUCAACAAGUGCACUUGAUCACCUAGUAAGCUCAGAGCUUCAGGCUUUCAAAUACCUUGAAGUUUUGUAUCUCGACAAGUGUAAACUCGGAAUGAUUCAUAACACUACAUGGAUUGGUUUGGAAGCCCUUCGUACCUUAAUCCUUGAAAGAAAUGUUCUAUCAAACUUACCAGAUUUCUUGUUCAGUCCUUUAAUCAAUCUUCGGUAUUUGGACUUGUCAAAAAAUCACUUAACCUACAUCAACCAAGAAGCAUUUAAAAGUUUGCAUAAAUUAACUCACCUUAUUCUGAGAAGCUGCCAAAUUGUAGUUAUUACCCAUGACAGUUUUUAUCAUUUAUGGAAUCUCAGGUACCUGGAUGUUCAAGAGAAUAGUAUAUCAAAGGUAAAGAGUAGGUCUUUUAAAAAACUGAAUAGGCUUCAGACACUUUUACUGUCAGGGAACAAAAUUCACACAAUACAGAAGUUUGGAUUAGAAGGACUUAAGUCAUUGGAAACUCUUUCUUUAUCUAAAAAUAACAUUUACCGAUUAACGGAUAAUAUUUUUACAGGGUUGAAAUUUCUAAUAUAUUUAAAUAUAAGCGGAAACGAGUUGUCUUUUAACAAACAUUACUCUAGGAGACCAUUUGAGAUGUUAAAGGUCUUAGAAACCUUGGAUUUAAGCUACCAGGUUCGUCAUUAUGAAGACAGUGUCCCAGAAACACUGUUUGAAGGCCUGGGUUCCCUUAAAAAACUUGACAUGAGAGGUAUUCCCGUCUCUUAUUUCACAAAUGUGUCAUUUUCCCAUUUAACAAAUUUGACUAAUUUGGAUUUGUCAGGUUCCUUUCAAGAGUCAGAUCAACAUUCCAUAGUUGAUUUUAUGCACAAAUGUUCCCAAUUAAGACAUCUUAUCCUUGACAACAACAACAUCCAAGACCUACCAGAAGAUAUGUUUGCUCAUUUUACAACCUUAGAGAAAUUAUCAUUGAGGAACAACAAACUUAGGAACAUUAGUCAGAAACUUUUGACACCUUUGACUAACUUAAGUUAUUUUGAUGCCUCUAUGAAUCCUCUUUCCUGUUCCUGUGAAAAUUAUUGGUUCCAGAAUUGGUCAGAAUUCAACACUGAUGUUCAAGUACCCUUUAUACUAUCAUACAGCUGUUUUGGCCAAGUAGCACUUGACAUGAAUUUUGUAAACCAGGACCUCAGCUUUUGUGGAACUGAUAUCUCUGUGUUCUUUUUCUUUGGAAGCUUUAGUUUAACUCUGCUCUUCAUGGUGACAAGCCUUGUGAUGAUGAAGCUGAAGUGGUCCAUACAUUACUUUUACUACAUGGCCAGAGCAUGGUGGCAAUGGAAACUACAAAAGGAGGACAGAAUUUACAAGUAUGAUGCUUACAUUUCAUACUGCUCUGAUGAUGAAGAGUGGGUCAUGAAGGAAUUAUUAUUCCAUUUGGAAUGCCAGGGCAGAAGGAAAUAUAAAAUAUGCUUCAAACCUAGAGAUUUUAUUCCUGGGGUUUACCAUAUUGACAACAUUCAGGAUGCCAUAAAUAAUAGUCGUAAAACCUUAUGUAUAAUCAGCAGAAAUUACCUUGAAAGCCAGUGGUGCAGAAUGGAAAUUGAAAUGGCUUGUUCUAAAGUCUUCUACCAAAGAGAGGAUGUACUGCUUGUUGUAUUUUUGGAAAAUAUUCCAGAUUACAGACUUUCGGCCUACCACAAGCUAAGGAAGCUGAUCAAGCAGAAUACAUACAUUAACCUUCCUGAAGAUCCUCAGGGCCAUGAGUUGUUCUGGUUCAAGCUGCGAAAAGCAUUAGACGUUGGGGCAUAUGAAGAAGACACUAUACAACUCUCUCUGGCUAACUGAUCUUGUUCA